CAUGGCCGCGCUCUGAGAGAUUUGCAGAGUAUAAACAUUCACUUUUAAGCGAAUAAAUGCAGCAAUUAGUGAAGUAAAUGCAUCAAAGUUUUCAUAUUAGAUUAUGUUUAACACAUGUUUGCAGAGACGUUCAAAACUGUAAAUGAUCUUCUCUACUGAUAAUCAUAAACCUGCUGAAACAUCUGGCAUUGAUGUUUUGUUUGUUUUUACAUUAUUCGAGCAUCGGAAAAUAGACCGCCGCAUGAUUGAAUAAUACGAGCUAACUGCAUACACGAACAUUAGAGGAUAAACAGUGGAGUAAGAAUAACUCCAGGUGUUUCAACUGAGAUCUGCGGGAUAAAACAUUGUAAAAUGAUGUUUAUUAAAGAAGAGAUUGAGGACAUGAGUUAUCCAGAAUCAUGCAGUUCAAAUGUCAUGAAAAAUGAAGAUACUGAAGAACAAAGAGAGCUGAUGGACGUGAAAGAAGAAAGUCAAGGACUGAAUGAGGUGAAGGAGGAGGAGCACCAUCCGUGUCAGGCACUUUAUAGUUUCAAAACUGGACAAAACUCUUUUAGUGAGUCUCAGACUGAAAAUCAUUUCUCACAAAUAAGAACACUACGAACAAGAGCCAAAAAAUCUUUCUCCUGCCAUCAGUGUGGGAAAACCUUUACACGUAAAGCAAGUCUUACUAGGCACGUGAGAAUUCACACUGGAGAAAAGCCUUUCACAUGUCAUCAAUGUGGGAAGAGUUUCAGACAGGCAUGUAGUCUCAAAAGUCAUCUGUCAUUUCACUCUGGAGAAAAGUCAUAUAGCUGUGAUCAGUGCGGCAAAAUAUUUUCUUCAAGAUCAGUCUUACAAACACACUGGAAAAUUCAUCCAAAUGAGAAGCCUUAUUUGUGUUCUCUUUGUGGAAAGGGUUUUUCAAUUCAGCGCAGUUUAAAAGACCAUCAGAGAAAACACACCGCUGUGAGGGAUCAUAUGUGCUCUGAGUGUGGGAAAGCCUUUUACAGAGCUUACUUCUUGGAACAACACCAGAGAAUUCAUACUGGAGAAAAACCUUACAAGUGUUCACAUUGUGGAAAGAGUUUCACUACUUCAGGAAACCUGACAAAACAUGAGAGAGUGCAUACUGGAGAGAGACCACAUAACUGCACUUCAUGUGGAAAGAGUUUCAGUACAUCAGGAAACCUGAAAGCACAUGAGCGAGUGCAUACUGGAGAGAGGCCGUACCACUGCACUUCAUGUGGGAAGAGUUUCAGUCAAUCAAGUAAUCUACUGACUCAUAGAAAAAAUCAUUGCCCAUUGUUGUCACAUUGAGAAAAGUACAUUUUUAUUUGCCUAGAAAAUAAAUAAAAAAAUUGGAAUUUCUCUCAAAAGAGAAAUUACAAUUUAAGCUGAUGUAAUUUAUGUUUGUAAUUAAGUAUAUAAUUUACACAAGCACCACCGAAUGGA